GCAAUGGGGUACAAAGUGGACACAAGGGAAAAGUUCAAACGAAAGGAGAGGCUUCUUCAAGAGGGAUUAAUAGAGACUAUGUACGAAACUGAUUCUACUUUAGUCCAAUCCCUCACUGAGAAAGGCCUUGAAGUCACUGAAGAUGUAAAGCAGAACAUGUACAAGGUCAAAUGUGAUGUUGUCAUUAUCGGUUCUGGUUGUGGUGGAGGAGUUGCAGCUGCAGUUCUUGCAAACUAUGGUCGGAAAGUAAUAGUACUAGAGAAAGGAGAAUAUUUUGUUGCCAAUGAUUAUUCUUCUUUACAUGGUCCAUCCAUGACUGCGCAAUAUGAAUCAGGUGGACUUAUGCCAAGUCUUGAGGGGAAGUUGAUGAUUUUGGCUGGCUCAACAGUGGGUGGAGGCUCUGCUAUAAACUGGUCUGCAUGCAUCAGAACACCUGAUCCUGUUCUGAGGGAAUGGUCUCAAAAAUAUAAAAUCCCAUUUUUGAGAAGCUCUAAUUAUCAAUCAACCAUGGACACCGUGUGCAGAAGGAUUGGUGUGACAGAGAAAUGCAACAAGGAAAGCUUUCAAAAUCAAAUUCUCAGACAAGGAUGCGAGAAAACUGGUUUAAAAGUUGAGUCAGUUGCAAUAAAUUCUUCAGCAGAUCACUAUUGUGGUUCAUGUUAUUAUGGUUGUAGAAUAGGAGAUAAAAAGGGCACGGACACCACUUGGUUGGUUGAUGCUGUUGGAAAUGGUGUAGUGAUCCUCACUGCAUGUAAAGCUGAGUUGCAUUAUAAUACAACCCAUCAUUCUUCCAUUGGCAUGAGUCCCUUCCAAGCAUUAUAUGGGAGGUUACCUACACUGAUUCCUCAUUAUCAUCAAGGCUUGGUGAGGGUAGAAGCUGUAGAUUCCAGUUUGACUCAUCACAAUGAAUUGCUAGCUCAAUUGAAGAAUCAUUUGCAAGGAGCUCACAAUAGGAUGAAGGUGCAAGCAGAUAAGCAUAGGAAGGACAUCUCUUUUGCUGUAGGGGAUUUGGUCCUUGUGAAGCUGCAGCCUUACAGGCAGCUCACGGUUGCAAAAAGACAUAACCAGAAAUUAUCAAAGAGGUAUUUUGGUCCUUUCCUUGUUGUUCGAAUUCUGAGUCUCGUAGCUUGCCAAUUACAGCUGCCACAGGGUAGCAAAAUACACUCAUCUUUUCAUGUUUUGGUCUUGAAACCCUUCAAGGGUGAUCACCCUAAUUUGGUUCCAACUUUACCGAUUUUCAAUAAUGGCAAUUGCCCUGUUCAAGAACCUGCUGCUUUUCUUAUGUCACGCAAGGUUUCAAGCAAAAAAAAAAUUUCUGGCACUCAAUACUUGAUCCAGUGGUCUCAUGCUUUACAAGAGGAUGCCAUUUGGGAGAAUAAGCAGGACCUUAAACAAUACUACCCUCAUUUGAACCUUGAGGACAAGGUUGCUUUGCAAGAUGGGGAUAACGAUACGAAGAGGAGAAGUGGAGCCCCUAGUUGGGUAAAAGAUUUUGUGAUAAAUAUUCAUUAG